CGAACAGGUAUGCUGCAGUCGUAUUGCAGUGGUCAGUCCGAUUUGACCAUACAGGAGCGAACCUUCGGGUCAGCUGUUGUCCAGGCAGUCACUGACCGUAUACGAGACAGCUGUAUCUACUCCGAUGACCGAUUGUUUAUCAGACGUUUGGCCAUUGUCCAGUCUGAUGACGGCAAUAUGGUCACUACCUACAGAAGCGGAUACUUUGGCGGUAUAUGGCAGGUUGAUGAAGACAAGUUUAACACUUCAACGAACUGCGCCCAUCACACAAUACGCGAGGAAUGUAGCAUCAUCUUAUCCGAGUUCCAAAUCGACUGGUCAAGUGUCCAGUGGACUGACCUCCUGAAGCCUCUGUACUCCGGCCUAGCAGCGUCCCUAUAUCUCAAACUGCAAGGGGCUGACCCAGCCCCUGGCGACCUAGCCGGUCAAGCGUCUUUGUGGAAAAGUUAUUUCCAACCAACACAUAACCUGACAACGUAUACAACAAAGAUCCAACAGAAAGAGAGUACGGCGGACG